GGGCUCAGUUGUCUGAGCGAGCGCGAGCCGGGAGCCGGGAGGGCGCGGGCAGCGGCGACCAGCCGGGCUUUGCGGGGCGAGCGGCGGUGGAGGCGGCGCAGGCAGCAAGGGCGACAGGGCCCCUCAAUCCGGCGGCAGUUGGGCACCGGCGGGAGCCAGCAGCGUCUGCAGCCUUGCCGGCCCGGCGCCCCGGCGCGCUCCGGCUCGGCCAUGGAGCUGCCAGCUGUUGGCGAGCACGUCUUCGCGGUGGAGAGCAUCGAGAAGAAGCGGAUCCGCAAGGGCAGAGUGGAGUAUCUGGUGAAAUGGAGAGGCUGGUCCCCCAAAUAUAACACGUGGGAACCGGAGGAGAACAUCCUGGAUCCCCGGCUGCUGAUUGCCUUCCAGAACAGGGAACGGCAGGAGCAACUGAUGGGAUAUCGCAAGAGAGGGCCAAAGCCCAAGCCACUGGUGGUGCAGGUACCUACCUUUGCCCGUCGCUCCAAUGUCCUGACUGGGCUCCAGGACUCUUCUGCUGAUAACCGCACCAAGCUGGAGUUGGGCACGCCAGGAAAGGGCCAGGGGCACCAGUACGAGCUCAACAGCAAGAAGCACCACCAGUACCAGCCUCACAGCAAGGAACGGGCAGGCAAGCCCCCGCCACCAGGCAAGAGUGGAAAGUAUUACUAUCAGCUCAAUAGCAAGAAGCACCACCCCUACCAGCCGGACCCCAAGAUGUAUGACCUGCAGUACCAGGGUGGCCACAAGGAGGCGCCGAGUCCCACCUGCCCAGACCUGGGCGCCAAGAGCCACCCACCGGACAAGUGGGCCCACGGCGCAUCAGCCAAGAGCUACCUAGGGGCAGUGAAGCCCCUGGCCGGAGCCGCUGGGGCUCCAGGCAAAGGCUCUGAGAAGGGCCCUCCCAACGGGAUGACACCGGCUCCCAAAGAAGCAGUGACAGGCAAUGGGAUUGGGGGCAAAAUGAAGAUCGUCAAGAACAAGAACAAGAACGGUCGCAUUGUGAUCGUCAUGAGCAAGUACAUGGAGAAUGGCAUGCAGGCGGUGAAGAUCAAGUCUGGCGAGGCAGCAGAGAGCGAAGCCCGCUCCCCUAGUCACAAGAAGCGUGCCACCGAGGAGCGCCACCCCCCGGCCGACAGGACUUUUAAAAAGUCGACCAGUGGUGCCGAGGAAAAGAAGGCGGACGUGUCCUUCAAGAGGAGGGAAGAGGAGGCACCAGGGCCUGGGGACCCGCAGCCCCAGGACGCCAGCUCCCGCAAGCUCUCCCCAACCAAGGAAGCCUUUGGAGAGCAGCCCCUGCAGCUCACCACCAAGCCGGACCUGCUCACCUGGGACACGACCCGAAGUACGCACCCACCCACCCACCACCACCAUCACCACCACCACCACCACCACCACCACGCUGUGGGCCUCAAUCUCUCCCAUGCACGCAAGCGCUGCCUCUCUGAGACCCACGGUGAGCGCGAGCCCUGCAAGAAGCGGCUGACAGCGCGCAGCAUCAGCACGCCCACCUGCCUGGGGGGCAGCCCUGCCGCGGAGCGCCCCGCUGAUGUUCCGCCUGCAGCCACACUCCCGCAGCCAGAGGUCAUCCUGCUGGACUCGGACCUGGACGAGCCCAUAGACUUGCGCUGCGUGAAGACGCGUAGCGAGGCCGGGGAACCACCCAGCUCCCUCCAGGUGAAGCCCGAGGUGCCCUCCACCACAGCAGCACCGACAGUGCUGGCGCCAGCGACAGCGACAGCGGCAGAGAAGCCUCCCGCCGAGGCCCAGUUCGAGCCUGCAGAGCCGCUGAGCGAGUUCAAGCCCUUCUUUGGAAAUAUAAUUAUCACUGACGUCACCGCGAACUGCCUCACCGUCACCUUCAAAGAAUACGUGACCGUGUAGCUGCAGGACAUCUGCAAGGGACGCGUUUCCGCACGUGCACGGGGGCCUAGCCCUUGCCGCCUCAGGAGGGCCCCCCUCUGGGCUGCAGGAGGUGCCAGUGGCCCCAACUUGAGGACACCCAAGCGUCCACGUCCCCCUGCACGGCUGUGGGAUCCCUGUGGAGGCGCCUCCAACGGCCUGUCUCCUUCCACGCGGUGCCUGCGGUCUCGGUCUCGCCGCCGCCACUUGUCCCUUCCCCACUGGAGACGAGAGCCGCGCCCUCCCCAUGGACCUCCGGAACUGACAGGGCAGCCGCGCAGCGGUUUCAGAGUUAUAGUAUUAUAUUUUAACCGUGCUAACUUGUCAAGUGCUGACUCUACUCCCGUUUGUACGUGGUGUUAUUAUUGAAAUGUAUUGUUUGAGCUCAAAAGGCCCGACCACCCCCAUUCGGGCUGAUAUAUAUAUAUAUAUUUAUUUGUAGGUAUUUAUAUAUUGAAAUAUAAAAACCUAGAUUUAUGGAGUUUCCCCUAGAUCAUGUUAUAUUCUAUAUCAGACAAACUAUUUUCUGUUGACCUUUCUUACCCUUCAUUCAGUAUUUCUGUUGAUUUCAUUUCCUCCCUCCAGGAACUGCAAUACCAGGAACCUUGGUAUAUAUUUUUUGAUACUGUACACAUGGAUGUGUUGUUUCUAUGUGCAAAAAAAAAAAAAAAAAAAAAGUUUGUUAAAAGGCUAAACGAGCUCUCUAGAACCUGCUGCUACUAGAAAUGUCUAAACUAUAAGCUUCCAAUUAUUACCUGCUUGAAUGUAAAUAUUAAAUGGAGAUGUUGAAGGUG